GGGCCUGCGCCUGGGGCAGAGGAGGAGGCGACGACGGGCUCCUGGGGGCCGGCGUCUGGGGCAGAGGAGGAGGCGACGACGGGCUCCUGGGGGCCGGCGUCUAUGGCAGAGGAGCUCUGUAGACUGGGCCGGGGACAGGGUCUCUGCAGGCUGGGCCGGGGACAUAGUCUCUGCAGGCUGGGCCGGGGACAAAGCCCCUUGGACGGGCUGGACCGGAGACUCGUAGAAGAGCUGGACGGGAUACGGUAUGACCUCCAGAACCACCGUUGGCACUGGAUACGGUGGAGACGUCGGACUAGAGGGAGCUCCGACCUCUGGACAGGAGAGAGCGCCGACCUCUGGACAGGAGAGAGCGUCGACCUCUGGACAGGAGAGAGCGUCGACCUCUGGACAGGAGAGAGCGUCGACCUCUGGACUGGAGAGAGCGUCGACCUCUGGACUGGAGAGAGCGUCGACCUCUGGACUGGAGAGAGCGUCGACCUCUGGACUGGAGAGAGCGUCGACCUCUGGACUGGAGAGAGCAUCCUCAGACGAGCCGACUUCUGACGAGCCGGCGACUUCAGAGGCGAUGUCAUCGGACGAGCCGGCGACUUCAGAGGCGAUGUCAUCGGACGAGCCGGCGACUUCAGAGGCGAUGUCAUCGGACGAGCCGACCUCGGAGGCGACGUCGUCAGGCGAGCAGACUUCGGAGGCGACGCCGUCAGGCGAGCAGACUUCGGAGGCGACGUCGUCAGGCGAGCAGACUUCGGAGGCGACGCCGUCAGGCGAGCAGACUUCGGAGGCGACGUCGUCAGGCGAGCAGACUUGGGAGGCGACGUCGUCAGGCGAGCAGACUUGGGAGGCGGCGACGUCGUCAGACGAGCCGACGUCAUCAGAGGAGGCGGCGACGUCGUCAGACGAGCCGACGUCAUCAGAGGAGGCGGCGACGUCGUCAAGGGCGUCGACUUCUGGACAGGAACGGGCGUCGACUUCUGAACAGGAACGGGCGUCGACUUCUGGACAGGAACGGGCGUCGACUUCUGGACAGGAACGGGCGUCGACUUCUGGACAGGAACGGGCGUCGACUUCUGGACAGGAACGGGCGUCGACUUUUGAACAGGAACGGGCGUCGACUUCUGGACAGGAACGGGCGUCGACUUCUGGACAGGAACGGGCGUCGACCUCAGGACAGGAACGGGCGUCGACCUCAGGACAGGAACAGGCGUCGACUUCAGGACAGGAACGGGCGUCGACCUCAGGACAGGAACGGGCGUCGACCUCAGGACAGGAACGGGCGUCGACUUCCAUCGACUUCAGGUCCGGGGGCGUCGACUUCUGGUCCGUCGACUCCCGAACCGUCCACCCCUGGACCGUUGACCCCUGGACCGUCGACCUCUGGUCCGGAACCAGAACCAUCUGCUUCGGGGUCAGAACCGUCUGCUUCUGGGCCGGAGCCGGAACCGUCUGCUUCGGGGCUCGAACCUUCUGCUUCUGGGCCGGAACCGGAACCGUCUGCUUCGGGGCCCGAACCUUCUGCUUCUGGGCUGGGCCCGCCUGCUUCCGGACCGGUAUCAUCAGCUUCUGGGCUGGAGGCAGAGCUGCUGCAGGAGGAGCUGCCUGGCCAGGCUGGACCAGAUGCGGAGCGUCCACCGGGACCACUGCUGGAGCUGGCUGCGACAGAGCAGGUGGUGCUGAGAACUGUGAAAGCAGGGAGGACAGACCGUCCAGCUGACGCUCCUUAAGGCUGAGGGUCCAAUGGAGCUGGGCCAGCUUAGCCCGGAGAUCGGCGAGCUCCGCUGGGUGAACACCGGGCUCGCUCGUUUGGUCCUGAGAUGAGGAGGAUAGAGCGUCCAGGCGGGAUUCCUGGAAGCUGAUGAGCUGGCGGAACCGGC